AUGGAUUUGGAGAGGGAGCUAGCCAACACUACCGUGGGAGAACAUGACUGGUCACAGCGAGAAAGCGGCCCGUACUGGUCCCCGCGCAUUUUCUCCGACCUGUCCAGGCAGAGUCGCUUCUUCUAUAACCCCUUCCUCGCGGACGACGGCUACCAGCGCAUGCGCGACGAAAGAGAACAGCAGCAGGAGCAGCAGAACGACCACCUUUUCAGACAGUCGGGCUUUGACGCAAGCAUCAUCGACCUGAAUGCGAACCUCUCCGGACGCUUCGAAAUCCUCGAGCAGCGCAUGUCCGUCAACCUUGUCCGCCUCGAGAAGCUGGAGAACCUGCACAAUGAUCUGCUGCAGCGCCCCGCCAUGGACACGGACAUGCUGGAGAGGAGUAUCCGGGAUGGCAUCGAGGACUACAUGAAACAAAGACUUCACCCGCUCCCCUACGCGCGCCGGAAU